AUGGGUGCUGCUAAUAAUAAUGACACUGGUUCUAAAGAUUGGCUUAAAGAAAGAGCUGCUAUAUGUAAGUGUAAAAUUAGAUAUUUGGUGAAAAUUGAACAUCUAGCUGCUGCCGCCCAUCGAAGACAAAAGACUGACCCGGCAGCAUCAAAACUUGUUGACCAAUUACACAAAGAUCGUAUUCAAGGAAACGCUGAAGAAACAGUUGACGAGGAAUAUGAAGAUCUUGAUGCAAUUACUAGUGUACCACCUCCUGAAGAAAUAGUUGUCAAAGUUGCACCAAAAGAAAAUACAACCACUACACUUCAUGGCAAAGAGACUAGUGAAGAUGUUUAUCAGUCAUUUAUGAAAUCAGUUUUGGAAGGGGGAUUAGCCACGGAAUCUUCAUUGGAAUUGUCAUUUGAUUUAAAACCUGAAGACAUUAAAACGAAAGAUUUUUGGCGAAUUCAUGAAUUGUAUUCAAAGAAAAAAGAUGCACUUACACCAAAUACUGUUGACAUAAUUGGGAACAUUGAUAACAUUAUAGAUUUUUUAAAAAAUUUUCAUAAUCAACUUGUUAAAUGUAAUACAGCUAGUGACUGUAUUUUUAGAUUUCCAAAAGGUGAAAGUUUAUUAAAAGAUUUAGCGUUUAAUCAGUUAAAUAGGAUUUUAAUUCUUCACCCUGUUGCAUGUCAAUUAAUUGUAAAAUGCGUGUUAGAAUUUUCUAAAUGCUUGAACAAUGUUCCGAAUUUUAUUCAAGGAAAUAACUCAAGAAAUUGGUGCGCAGAUAGAAUUAAAAGUAUUAUUCAAUCUCAUAAUGAUGUAGAUGAAAUAUCGGACAACUUUUCAUAUUAUAAUGAAAUUGGAUUGUAUGAAUUCCAUGGGCUUGUGGUCAAAGAAUUUAUUACAACAAUAAAAGAAUUCUUGAAAGUCAUAGAGAAUUCAUCAGUUGAAUUACCUAAUAAAUGUUUUAUAAAAAUUUCACAACAAUGUUUGCCACUUUUAAAUGAUUUGAAUAUGGUAGAAUUGAUAGAUCGUAUAAUAGUUGUGGCAACUAAAAAUUAUUUAAAUUAUGAAACAUGCCUUGAAAAUAAUAAUAAUAAUGAACAAUUUUUAUUAUUUUCUGAUGUUUUUAUAGAAAAAUUGAUUUUUAUCAAUACUAUAUUUUAUGAGCACCUUUCUAUCGAUGCAAAGGAUGGAUUAUGGGCAACAUGUCCAAUUACUGUAGAAAAUGAGAUUAUGAACAUUUUUGGUCAAUUACUUUUCCCAAUUGAUAGUAAUUACAUGAAUCCACAUUAUAUCAAAGGUUUCUUAAAAUCAAAUAUUAUAAUUCAAAGAAUGUUUAAACAUCCUGAAAUAUUUCAUCAAUGUUUAUAUGUGCUGAUGAAAUUGAUAUUGGAAAUACCUGAUCAGAGGAUACUAAGAUUAAUUGAAUUAGUUAUUCAGUUAAUAUUUGAUGAAAAUAUUGAAUUCAUAGUUAAUAAAUCAAACAUAAAGUGUAAAUUUCUAAGCAAACUAAUGGAUAUGAUAACCAUACUUAAAUCUAAUCCUGAUUUGAACUCACUUGAAGAAUUAAACAGAAUUAGAAAGCAUUCAUUUACUAUAGAAGAGUCAUCGUAUUAUUUAAAUCAUAAAAGACAAGUAUGGAUAAUCUUUAAAUCUUGUGUAAAAUGGAAUUAUUGGACUAUAAAUGAAAUUUUGGACAUCAAUAAAUAUUCCAAUAUUGAGGAAUUGAAAGAAUUCAUUUCAUAUUUAGGUUGGCUGAUUCUUCCAAUAGAUGAAGAGGACAAAGAAGGAUUAAUUAAUCUAAUUAUUACGUUAACUGAUAUUAUUAUAAGAAUAAGAGAUUAUUUAUUAAAUUCAGCAAGAGACAUUUCAUUAAUAAUUAAAUUAAUGAGUCAACACAAAAAUUUAUUUGAAAACAAUUCAUUAUUACUAUACUUAAUAUUAGGAAUCUUAAAAUAUUCAGAAACAAAUUUUAUUGAAUCAUUAGAAUCGAUUGUAAGUAUUUCAAAUCAUAAUUGA